AUGGAAUUAGCAUGGACAUUAGAACGUAUAUGGAAUGGUGCUGAUUUAUCAAAUGGAUGGUCUUCAACAAUUUCUGAAUAUGGUUAUUGUUGCACAAUACAGUGCACAAAGAAAAAAUCACAUGAUGAAUGGAUACUAAGUGUUAAUCCGGAAGAGCAUUGUGCAUAUUCAUUACUUGUUGAUGUAGUGCUAUCCAUUGGUGCUUUUCAUUUCAAGGUUUAUAGGGAUUUAUGGGAAGCAUCGAGUGUUGUAUUGCAAGAGGAAACACGAAGUGGGUCAAGAGUUGAUGUAACAUUAAAAUUACGAAUCAUCGAAACAUUAUCACCGCAAGAUCUUAGUGGACAGACACCAUAUAGAGACUUUGAAAUAAGUUGUAAGGAACGUUCAUGGUUUGUUGAUGUCACAUAUUUGGCAUCUAUUGGUGGCAAACUAUUCACCGAAUGGAAUGAACAACGUUCGAAAGGUAUAAAGAAAUGCUGGGUAGAAGGUAUUUCCACCUAUGAACUAGAUUGUCUCAUUGAUGCAACUGCGAAAUAUCGACAGAUUGUUGUGACAAGGAUGAAUUAUGAUGUUUUGGUCAGUGUUUCAUUUCGAUAUAACAUUAGCGCAGUAUUACGAACAGUUGAAUCAUUUCUUAUGGAUGCUGAUUGGAUUCAUCCAAUAAGAAGACUUGAAUAUGCUGUUUGUUACAAAUUAGCUAGAUUGGGCGAUACAAUUAGCAGAAAAUUAGUGUCAUCGGAUACAGCCAUUGAGAAGUUGCAUGAAUAUUUGGCUGAAAAUGAUGAAACUAUAGCUCAGAUGCAUCCGGACGUACUAAUCUCAUUGAAUAUUCAUCCGGAUCAUGUACUUUCAUAG